CGACUCGGCGAGGUCUACUUCCCCAACCUCGUACCAGGUCUUCUACGGACGCACAAGACCGACGCAUCAGGCCCCUCGCGCCUGGGCAUGGAACGUCGAGAGGUUCUGCUCCCCGACAUCAUCGCGAACGCACAGUCGCCGUUGAGCACCGUCAAAGAGGGUUUCAUGUCGCUGCUUGUGUUCUUGCCUGCAACGUUCGGAACGCGAUUCCAGCCGCACUUGCCCAAGAUCAUCGCUCCCAUUCUCGGAGGUCUAUCCGACCAGGAGGAGUUCAUCCGAGAGGCGGCUAUGUGCGCUGGGGGAAUGGUGGCCACAAACUACUCGAGCAAUGCCAUUCGACUUGCUGUAUUUCUCUGCACGCCAGACUAUGCUGGUUACGCUCCUACACCUCCCCUACAGCAAUCGUCCAUCACACUCGUUGGAGAUCUUCUCUUCAAGGUAUCUGGUACCAGCGGAAAGAAGGAGAUCGAGGAGACAAGGGUGGCGAAGCACACAACCGCCGCCAAAGCGUUUGACACCCUUCAAGAGCAUCUGGGCGGGAGAGCAAUCAACCAAACUAUCCCAACGCUGUUGGAGGCGCUGCGGCAGCCAGGCAAAAGCUCUGGCACAGCACUUCAGGCACUCAAGGAGGUUGUGUCGGUGCGUCGAAUCACUAAGACUCGUGGUGGAGCGCAUAUGGCUAGUUCACCAUGCACAGGUUCGGGGGUCUACGGUUCGCCGUUCUCAUUCCUACCCUCAUUGCGACCCCGAUGA